UUCUCAAAAUCGUGCUUCAACCUGCUGUCGGAGGGGGAAAGAGGCAAGAAAACUGCAAAUGGAGCCCAAAAAGAAGCUGAUAAACUCCCCAGACAGCUGUGUGGACGAGGCUCUCUGUGGUCUGGUAAGGGCCAGCGGGGGCCUCUCUCUGCUGAAGGGCCACAGAGUCGUGCUCCGCUCCGACCUGGACAACCUGAGGGGGAAAGUGGCCCUGCUGUCCGGAGGAGGGUCAGGACAUGAGCCAGCACAUGGGGGUUAUAUUGGUGCAGGUAUGCUGUCUGCAGCUGUUGCAGGUGGAGUUUUUGCAUCUCCGCCUCCUACAAGCAUCCUGGCUGCUAUUCUCUCCUUACACAGUGCAGGAGCCUCUGGAGUCCUUCUCAUCGUGAAGAACUACACCGGCGACCGCCUCAACUUUGGCCUGGCUGCAGAGCAGGCUCGAAACCACGGCGUCAACAUCAACAUGGUGAUAGUCGCAGACGACUGCGCCUUUAGCCAGCCCAGUAAGGCCGGGAGGAGAGGGCUGUGUGGCACCAUCUUCAUACACAAGCUUGCAGGUGCCAUGGCAGAAGAAGGCUGCUCAUUGGACCAGAUUGUUCCUAAGGUGACGGAGGUUUUGAAGGGGAUUGGAACACUGGGGGUGAGUCUGUCCCCGUGCAGUGUCCCGGGCUGUCUGCCUUCUUUUGAGCUCCCGCCUGGAGAGAUGGAGCUCGGACUGGGAAUCCACGGUGAACCUGGGAUCAAGAGAUCAAAGGUUGCAGCAGCAGACGAGGUUGUAAAGAUGAUGAUCGAUCACAUCACCAACCCUGACAGCCAAUCACAUCUGCCUGUUCAGUCAGGAGACAGCGUGGUGUUGUGUGUGAACAACCUGGGAGCUUUAUCCUGUCUGGAGAUGGCGGUGGUUACUAAAGCAGCCAUCGUCUGUCUAGAGAGUCGUGGUGUAGUCGUUGCUAGGGUGAUGUCUGGGUUGUUUAUGACGUCACUGGAGAUGGCGGGAGUGUCGCUGACACUGAUGAAGGCCAACCAGGAAACACUCAGACUGUUUGAUGCUAGGACUAGCGCCCCCGCCUGGCCAAACCUCAGCAGUGUUUGUGUCAGUGGACGCAGAUACAUCACAGAGCCUCAAACCACGAAGUCACAGCCUCAGGACGACACGCACUCUGAAGGACCACUGAGUCCUGUGAUGCGUAAAGUUCUGGAGAAGAUUUGUUCCACACUCCUGGAGAAGCAGGAAGAGCUGAACUCUCUGGACCGAGCAGCAGGAGACGGAGACUGUGGGAACACUCACGCACAAGCUGCCAGAGCCAUCCAGGACUGGCUCCAGAAUCAUGUGGUCCCUGGUUGUCCGGGUCAGCUGUUAUCAGCCCUCGCUGGAUUGAUCGAGGAGAAAAUGGGCGGGUCCUCAGGAGCGUUGUAUAGUUUGUUCCUGACUGCAGCCGCUGGUCAUGUCACGGAGGGGCGAAGCAAUGCUGCAGCCUGGGCAAAUGCAAUGCAUGCUGGGACACAAGCUAUGAAAAGAUACGGGGGAGCAGAUGUGGGAGACAGAACCAUGCUGGACGCUCUGUGUCCCGCUGUGGAUGAGCUGAUGAAGCUAACUGAAGCGCCCCCUGGAGGAGAAAUGGCUGUACUACAAAAUGUGGUGAAGAAAGCGGCCUCUGGGGCGGAGUCGACCCGCGACCUCACGGCGAGAGCGGGCCGGGCCAGCUACAUCGCGGCUGAGAGGGUCACCCUGCCUGACCCCGGCGCUGUGGCGGUAGCCGCCAUAUUGAAAGCAGCACUGGAAGUACUGGAAGGGCAGAAGUAAUCCAACAACAUAUAUUGAAGACUUCUAAUAUCAGAACAACACUGGAACACCUGGAUAAAAAAAAUUAGGGGCCUUUAAUUAAUAAACAGCUUACUUUGCACUCGUAGAAAUAGUAGUAACAGUUUUUAGUCUGUAAAAAAUUGCAAGACUUGAAUAAAUGAUGAAAAUAAACUGAAAUAAGUUAAUUUUAGAGUUUCUGUGAAGUAGUUUAAUCAUUGAUACAACAUUCCUUCUAAAUACUAUAGAAUACAACAGAGACUAGGUUCUGAAAUUGACCCUUUUCAUGUUUCUUCAGCCUUUUUCUGGGUGCUUAAAACUUGAAUUUCACAUAUGUGACACGCCUUACAUUGAACUUAUCACACUGUGUAUAGCUAGAGUAUUUUUCUAUUAAACAUUCCUAACCAAGAGCUUUUUUGAUCUGGCUUUGUGUCUAUAAAGAGAGUUUUUGAAUGAAGCUUGCUUUUUGAGAAAAAAAUAAAGGUUAAACUAAAAGA